CAAGGGCGGGAAAAUCCAAAGUAGAACAUAGGGUAUUUUUUGCGAUUCGGGUGGGAAAUAACACUCUCCUUAAUCCCUUCUGAAGUUGGGGAUUUGGGAAUCUGAGAAAUGGAGAGAAUUCACGUCACCGUACGAGCGCGGCCCCUAUCGCCGGAGGACGCCAAGUCCAGUCCGUGGAGAAUCAAUGGAAACUCCGUUGUCACCUCUAACCACUCUUUUGAAUUUGAUAGAGUAUUUGGAGAAGGGUGCAAGACUGCAGAGGUUUACCAAGCUCGUACUAAAGAAAUCGUUGCUGCUGCAGUUCGUGGGUUUAACGGAACUGUUUUUGCUUAUGGACAAACAAAUAGUGGAAAGACAUAUACAAUGCGAGGCUCAUCCAAUGAACCUGGUGUUAUUCCACUUGCUGUUCAUGAUUUGUUUGACAUUAUACAACAGGAUGUUGAGAGAGAGUUUCUUUUGCGGAUGUCCUAUAUGGAGAUCUACAAUGAGGAAAUAAAUGAUCUUUUAGUUCCUGAGCACCGAAAAUUGCAGAUUCAUGAAAGUCUAGAGCGGGGGAUAUAUGUUGCUGGUUUACGAGAAGAAAUUGUUGCCUCUCCACAGCAAGUCCUUGAUCUUAUGGAGUUUGGAGAAUCUCAUAGGCAUAUUGGAGAGACAAACAUGAAUCUGCACAGCAGUAGGUCCCAUACCAUAUUCCGCAUGAUAAUUGAGAGCCGGGAUAGAAAUGAAAAUGGAGACGGUGACAAUUGUGAUGCUGUUCGGGUAUCAGUUUUGAACUUAGUGGAUCUUGCUGGUUCCGAGCGUGCUGGUAAAACUGGUGCAGAAGGUCUUCGGCUUAAAGAGGGAUCCCACAUUAAUAAAAGUUUGAUGACCCUAGGAACCGUGAUAAAAAAAUUGAGUGAAGGUGCUGAAAGUCAAGGGGGUCAUGUUCCAUAUCGAGAUAGCAAACUUACUCGCAUUUUGCAACCUGCUCUGGGGGGAAAUUCCAACACAGCGAUAAUAUGCAAUAUAACACUUGCACAGAUUCAUGCAGAUGAGACAAAAAGCAGUCUUCAAUUUGCCAGCAGAGCAUUACGUGUUACAAACUGUGCUCAUGUGAAUGAGAUUUUGACUGAUGCGGCUUUAUUGAAGCGUCAAAAGAAAGAGAUUGAGGAACUUCGAGCCAAAUUGCAGGGUUCUCAUUCAGAGCACUUGGAAGAAGAGAUCCUUAAUUUGCGGAACACCUUAUUAAAGUCUGAAUUGGAAAGAGAGCGGAUAACAUUGGAGUUGGAGGAGGAAAAGAAAGCUCAAGUUGAGCGUGAGAGAGUGUUGCAAGAACAAGCAAAAAAAAUAAAGAAUUUAAGUUCCAUGGUCUUGUGCUCAAACAGGGAUGAGAGUCAAGGUAAUUUUAGAAAGGAGAAGAGGCGGGACACAUGGUGCCCAGGCAAGUUGGCAAGGGAGACUCUUAGAGAGGCCCACCCAAGUGUCCAUUCAAAGUACUCAGCCAUAAAGGCAACCAGAUCUGAGCAUGAUAUGGGACUGCUUCUUCCUUUUGAAGAGUUGGUGAAUGAAACUGAAGUUGCAGCUGACUCCUGCAAACAAGACAAAGAGUACAAGGAAGAUGUCUCCAAUGCUUGUAUCCUUCCUGAUCCAUGUGCCUUACUGCAUGUGACAAAUAGGAGAAAAGUGCCUUUAAGGAAGAAAGGCUCUUUUGUGGAGGAGAAUGAUAUAGUGGAAAUGCAAGCAGAAUAUGAGGAUUUGCUUUUAAAAUUUGAAACUCAGAAAACCAUGAGUGAUAUACAAAUUGAUUGCUUGACAAGAAAGCUAGCUGAGAAUGAUUUGUCUCAUGGUAUUAAAUGUGAUGAUUAUACUGCAUUUAAUUACAACAAAAUUGAUAGUUAUUUGGGCAAGGAUAUAAGUUUACAGGAAUCAGAAGCUAUUAUUGUGAUCAAGCAACUUCACGAGAAGAUUAAGAUAUUGGAAAUGGAGAAGUCUUCAAGCCAACAAAAUCUGAAUAGUAUUGUUAAACUUGCUGAAGAAAAUAAUACGAGUGCAAUGGAGAAGUUUGGAGAGCUCCGUGAAGAGCUUCUCAACGCACAGGAGGAGGCAAGGGUGGCUCAUGAACAACUUGCUUCAAAUGGAUUUUUCGAUUGGGAAAUUGACUCCAUGAUUGAGCUCUUGAAGGAAGUCCAAGAUAUAAUAUCUGAAGCUCAAAACUCAAAAAAUGGAGUUGAGAGUGUCUCAUCACUUCUGGAUGAGGUUUUCCUGUGUUUUCAGGCCUUAACUAAUGCAUUUCCUGAUUUCAAGCUUAUGAUGUCUGAGAUCUCCAUGAAACAAAAGUCAAUCAUUAGUAACCACGAAAAGCUAUAUUGUUAUAUGAAGCAAAGGGUUGCUGAACUUGAAAAUGAGAAGCUUCUUUUGCAUAAUCAAUAUGCUGAUAUGGAGGAGGAGAUACAGGAACUAAGAGAAGGUGCUAAGAAUCAUGAAUCAUACUUGGUGGAACUUUCUGGACAACAUGACCUGGAAAAAACCAGCCUUCUUUCUCAUAUUCAAACUCUUGAAAGGGAGAUAUUAUGUCUGUCAUCCUGUUCCUUGGCAAAAGAAAAGGAAAGUUUGAGAAAAGAGCUUGAGAAAACAAAAGCAAAGUUGAAAGACACUGAAUCCAAGCUCAAGAGUGCCAUGCAGGAGAAGACAAAACUUGAGGGUGAAAAAGCAUUUGCUGAGAGAGAGGUAAAACGCUUGCAAGGCCAGAAGAUUCUUCUUGAGCGUGAUAUCUGCAAACGUGAUUCAAUUGCUGGUAGAAGGCGUGAUUCAGUGUUUGAUACAAAGAAGGCAAAAGCUUUUGAUCAGACAAUCCAGGAUGAAUAUAGGAAGUUGGAAGUUCUUGCUUUUGAAAUGGAAACCAAAAUUGCCUCUCUUGAAGAGGAAUUAGCAGCUGCAUGUAGUGAAAAGGAAGAGGCUAUAUCUAGAAAUGAAAAUUUGGUGGCAGAAUUGGAAUUGAUGUCUGAAAAGUUUAACAUAUCAAGCUCGGAAUUGAGUAUUUUGCAAGAUCAAGUCGCUAAUCUUAAACUUAAAUUGGAGGGAUCUAUUUCCAAUCAUCAGGAAAUGGAAGGAACCAUUAAGAGAUUGCUUGAAGAAAAGGAAGAAUUGGCAAUGCAACUUACUAAUGCACUUUUAGAAAUGGAGGAGGAAAGGGCAAUAUCAUAUGCUCGAGAGAAGGCUUCUAUUAAAUCUAUGGAAGAGAAAGCAGCCUCAUACAAUGCAGAGAUUGCGUCUUUAUCUGCCAAAAUGUCAGAGGUGAGGAAGGAAUUGGAGUCUUACAGAAAAGAAUGUGACGUUCUCAGGGAAAGAUUAACAUUUUUGGAGGAAGAUUCAAAACUGGAGAAGAAAUGCAGUAUGGAGAAGUCUUUAGAGAUAGACAGGCUGAAAAAUGAACUGAAAAUGGGCGCAGAAAGCAAAGAGAUGCAGGAAAUGUUAAAGUCAAAUUCAGAGAAGCUCUCUUUGGAGCUUCACCAUGCUCAAGAGAAAGUGGAUUCCCUUCAGCAGGAGCUGAGUUUUAUCAAAAGAGAACGAGAUGAUUUAUUAGUCAGGAUUAGAGAGAUGGAUACAGGAUCCAUCUUUUCAGAUGAAGUCCAGGAUAUUAAGAAUCAACUUCUUGUUAUGUCAAGAGAAAGGGAUAAAUUGAUGUCUCAAAUUGAAGAAUGGGAGAGUCGUGCAUCUUCAGUAGAAAAAGAAUGGAAUGAGGCAUCGUUGAAGAGAAAAGUUCAAGUAGAGGAAUUGACGGGGAGAUUAUCGAGCAUGGAAGCCAAGAUGCACAUUGAUGAAGUCAGAAAUGGUAAAGAAAAGGCAAAGCUUAGGAUGAGGCUCCGAGGAACACAAGCACAGUUGGAUGCUUAUCGUUACAGAUACAAAGAAGCAGUAGAUGAGAUGGACAUUAUGCACAAGAAAUUCAAGGAAGCUUCAGCAAACCUGAAGGAUCAGUUAGCUUCCAAAGCUCUUGAGAACCUCGACCUUAGAAAGCAGCUUGCUACAACAAAAGGGCAGUAAUGGAUCACUGGAAUCAACACCCUUCUACAAGAUUGCAGAUACUUCUUUAUGGCUUCGGUAGUGAAUCUAAUGUUCAUAGUGUGGUUUCGUGGUGCCAUAGUUAACUUAAAACUCAAGCCAUCCAUUCAAGUAUACAUCAGUAUGCAUGCUCUGCAGCACUGAUGGAAUGGAGUUGUCUCCUUGUUUUUCAGUUGUGAAGAUAUCUAGGGUGAACUCUUAGGGCUAGGGCAUCAACCUCUAAGUCCAGCACAUCUAUCACUUUCUUUUUUAGGUUGCAGAUGGUUCUUUAGGGCUGAGGAUGAACAUAAUGUUCAUAGUGUGGUUAUGUGGUGCCAUAGUUAACUUAAAACUCAAGUCUUCUCUUCAAAUACAUAUCACUAGGUGAACUCUGUAGCAUAAAGGGAACAGAAGAGUAUCCUUAUUUUUGAGUUGUGCAGGUACCUAGAGUGACCACUUCCUCUUAGGGCUGGGCAGCAACCUCUAUGUCCAGCAAAUUGACCACUCUUGUGAUCAUUGGUUUUGUUUUAUACUCCUUUUGUUGUAAGUUGUUCAGUUCACCAUACUAAUCGUGUAGUUACGAGAUCAUUCACAGGGUAUGACAUGUCUAUCUAAAUGUUGUGACAUUUAUAAAUUCAUUAUCAAGAA